AUGGGAGACGCCCUUGGUGUCACGGGGCUUGAGUUGACUACAGAUUAUUUAAUAGAAAUAUUAAAUACAAGUAAUGUCUGUGAUAUUAUACAAGCUGCAGUAACUUAUAGUAUUUUGUAUAUUUUAGUUGACUACAGAUUAUUUAAUAGAAAUAUUAAAUACAAAGAUUAUUUAAUAGAAAUAUUAAAUACAAGUAAUGUCUGUGAUAUUAUACAAGCUGCAGUAACUUAUAGUAUCUUGUAUAUUUUAGUUUACUACAGAUUAGUUAAUAGAAAUAUUAAUAAUGCCUGUGAUAAAAUACAAGCUGCAUUGACUACAGAUUAUUUAAUAGAAAUAUUAAAUACAAGUAAUGCCUGUGAUAUUAUACAAGCUGCUGUUAAAUUUAGUAAUAAUGACUUAAGAGAUGAAAGUGUACAGUUUAUUGCUGCUCAUACUAUG